AAUGGGGAGGUAGUGGGAACAGUGUCUAACGAUGUGUAGGGUCCCUUAUUUCCUACUGUUGCCGUUCACAGCCAAUAUGAGGAGUAUGUUGUGCCUCCUAGCCCUCGUCUACUCACUUACCACUUUAUUGCUUCUGCCAUUUAUCUAAUUUAACAGGGCAGUUGCGUUUGUAUUAGAUGGUGCAUGCUCAAAAAGCAAAAAUACCAGUUACUUUAGUUCACCUAUUUGGGAGUGAUUGAUUACAUUAAGAUUCUACUAUUUGGUUUGAUGGUCACUUUUGUUUGCAUGAAUAUGGUUGAAAUUUUCAUAUGACAAACUUAGCCUUUUGAUCCAUAGAACCUUUAAUGUCAAAGUUUAUUAAACAAUACCUUGGUGAAAGGGAGCUGUUUACCAAGAAGCAGUUUUUGUGAUUCACCAUUCCAACGACAAAAUUCAACAAGUGAAUGUUGUUGUUUUCCAAUAAAAUAUGCUGGAUUGGCUGAGUUUAUAUCUAGUACAUGUUAUAAAUUGAAUGGUGAAUAUUUUACAAGUAAUGUUUUCUCACGGGCUAUAUUUAUAUAAGUUGAGAUACCUAAUGCACCAAGGAAUUAACAAACUACAAUACCGAAAUCAGAAAUCGAUACCUAUACAAAAAUAUAUGUAUACCUAAAAUAUUAUCAAAAUAUCUGUGUAGACAAAAGAUUGUGGGCCCCAACAGACAGCCUUCAUUUUAGGUUUCCAAAGCCUAUCAUAUCAUUUAGCCACUCAUUAGGCAUGGCAACAUUUUCAUAUUUGGCAUGGGGAAUGUCCUCUUAGAAGAGUUAGUCUCCCAGGGAAUAUGGCUUCAAUUUUUGUUUGUUGGUGUAUUUGGUAGAAACAGAGGUGGUUGUUUGAUGUGUUUAGUUCGAGGCUCCAAUGUCUGCAAUUAGAGGUAGACUUAAGUAUAACUCUAAUCAAGGCUGAAAGUAUGAUAAAUUCAGAUUUUAAAGCUGAUUGAUGCAGUUUCCAACAAGGCAAACUUGAAUUCAACAAGCUUGGGGCCCAAAUCUAAGCCAUGAUGAGUAAGAGGAAUAAUAAUGAAACCUCUGCACUGUUUUAUUCUCAUCAAAGUCAAAGAGGUUGUGAUGCUUUUUAGUUGCAUGUUUGAUUUUGAUGCUGUAGGGUCCAUGUCAACUUUGGGAAUGAACCCUUUCAGUUUAAUCUCAAGGUAUUUGAAGUGCAGGAAAGAGCGAAGCAACAGACAAUGAUUGAGAAAAUGUCUAUACCACAGAAUGUCAGUUAUGGCUAAUCAGGAAUGGCAAAAUUGAAGAUGCAUUUGAUAAACUUCGCGAUUGGUAUCCUCAAAUUGUUCAGGAUGAUGCAUUGGCUACCUGCUUUCUGCUUCAUUGUCAAAAAUUUAUUGAAUUGGUUCGGGCUGGAAGGGUUGAGGAAGCUGUGGCGUAUGGAAGGAUGAAAUUUGAUAAAUUUUAUAGACUGAAAGAAUACGAAGUGCUAGUUAAGUUAACUCCGCACGCGCGCUUAUAUAAGCCAGCUUUGGGGCGGGCUUCGUUUCUCGUUGAUCUGACAGAGGUGGGGUCUCUUCGUUUAGGGUUGUGAUAUCGCCAAAAAUAUCUCUAUGUCUGUCUCAUCCACGGAUUCUGUGAUUGGACACGAGGUCUUCGUUGGCGGGCUCGCUGGCACCACCGAUGAUCAAGACCUUGUGCAGGCCUUCUCUGAAUAUGGAGUAAUUGUCGAAUCGAAGAUCAUCAAAAAUCGCGAAACUGGGAAAUCGAGGGGGUUCGGAUUUGUGAAAUUCAAGGAUGAGCAGGCGAUGAGGGAUGCAAUCGAGGGGAUGCACGGCCAGUAUCUUACCGGUCGUAACAUUACAGUCAGUGAGGCCAAGACCCGCGGAAGCGGUGGCGGCGGUGGCGUCGGGCUCCGCAGCCAUGGAGGUGGCUACAACCGAGGCCGCGGUGGCUACAGAGGCGGCGCAGGACGUGAUGGAGGUGGCUACGGCGGAGGGCCUGACCGUGGAUACAGUGAGGGCAGUGGUGGCCACUACUCGAGGGGAGGCGGUGGUUCUGACGUAACCUGGGCCACGGCUAGGAUUACUAUUGAUGGGCUUUUUAGGGUUUAGAUUUUGAAGUCCUUCGGCAAGGAGGGAAAAAGCCAGCUGUUGGCUCUAGGAUUUCUAUUCAUGGGCUUUUAUGGUGCUUGGAUUGUGAUUUUCUCUUUUUUGUGUGUCUUUUUGACCCUGGGUUUUUGAAAAGUUGGUAAACAGUAGACUUUUUAAUUUUUUUUAGUGUGUGGUGUUUUGGGUAAAAAGGCCGGUUUUUUUUGGCAACUUCCCAAGGGCCCUUGUAUGCGGGUAGUAUUUUUGUUUCGGAUACGAAUGAAGAUGAAGUUUCGUUGAACUAAUUAA